AAGACAACGGACAACAAAUUCUGAAAAAUUAAAGGAGACAGACGGCGGAUACAACAACGGACAGAGACGUCGGCGGCAAGUUGAGACAGCCGUGAGAGAGAAACAGAUUGCAAUCACAAGCUUCCAUCCGCAGCAUCAGCUGCAGCCAGGACGGGACAGGACAGGACAGGACAGGACCCAACGAGGAGCAGCUGGCAAAAGCUGUGGGGCACGCAGUCGAGCUACGCACUUCGCCGGAGGAGACUCGACGGCAUACUGCCACACUGGGGAACUGCAUAGACAUCGACUCGGUAGCCGUGGUGCAGCACAAGCUGGUGCACAAGAUUGUCGGUGGAAAAAAAAUGUCACCACCCGUGCUGUACUACCUGCCACCCAGUCCGCCCUGCCGCAGUAUUCUGCUAUUGGCCAAAAUGCUUGGCCUGGACUUUGAGCUGAAGAUCGUCAACAUACUGGAGGGGGAGCAGCUGAAGCCGGACUUUGUGGCCAUGAAUCCCCAACACUGUAUACCAACCAUGAACGAUGAGGGACUGGUGCUCUGGGAGAGUCGUGCUAUUCUAGCGUAUCUGGUUGCAGCCUAUGGCAAAAGCGAUGAACUCUAUCCCACGGACAUUCGUGUCCGUGCGCUGGUCGAUCAACGGCUCCAGUUCGACCUGGGCACCCUCUACUUGCGCCUCACGGACUACUAUUUCCCCACCAUGUUCAUUGGCGCUCCGCUGGAUGAGGGUAAACGCGCCAAGCUAGCCGAAGCAGUGGGCUGGCUCAAUACCAUUCUCGAUGGUCGACAAUUCGCCGCCGCCGAACACUUCACCAUUGCCGAUCUGACGCUGCUCGUCACCAUCUCCCAGCUGGAGGCCUUCGAGGACUUCGAACUGAGGCCCUAUAAGCAUAUCAGGCAAUGGCUCGAACGCUGCAAGGCGCACAUGGCGCCAUACGACUACGAGGAGCUGAAUGGCAGCAAGGCAGUCUUAAUGGGCGAUAUGUUCAGGGCCAAGAUGAAUCAGGGAGGAGCAGCCUAAUACUAUGUGUAGAAUCAAGAUUACAUUAUACCCAUGCAGAUAUCAAUUAUGUACUUGUAAGUGUUGUAUUCAAUAAACGUUGUGCACUAUUUAGAAUGG